AUGCAUGCGGAAGUUAGAAAUAAUUUAAAUAAUUGUUUAAUUAAUAAUGAUGAAGAUUAUUCAAAAUGUGAAACGGAAAUUAAUCAAGUUAAACAAAUCGGAAAUGAGGAAUUACAAGAAAAUAUUUUCUUUGACUAUCAUAACACUGUUAAAGUACAAAAUUCUAUCAAUCAAUGCAAAGAUAACUUUGCAAAAGCUAAAGAAUUAUUAUGUGAUGCAUUCCCUGAAAGAAAUGAAUGUGUUCAAAUCAAGGAAAAGACAUUUGCCUGUAUUUCAAAAGUUGCUUGUUCCGAAUUACACAAACUUUCUAGUGAAUGUUUCAAUGAAAACGAAAGAAUGGAAAAUGACUCUCUUUGGAAGUAUAUCUUCAAAGGACAAGAUGUUCAAACUAAACAAUCCUUUGAAAAACAUUGUACCAAUAUUCAAUCAGAUUUAAUUAGAUGUUUUGAUAAGUACUACUUGUUAGGACAAGUCAUUAAACAACACCCAGAACAAGGUCAAUCUAUUGAUGAAGGAAACUUCAAUUUCUAUGGUCCAAUUACACCAGACCAACUUAGGAGAAGACAAAAGGCUUUGGAAAAGAAGAUUCAACAAGAAAAGGAACAAGAAAGAAGAUACAGAGAACAACAAUAA